AUGGAAGACCUUCACUUUGAAGAAACCGGAAACUUACCAAUGCCCACCUCAAUGCAACAGCAUAUGCGUAAGUUCCCUUUUUUCUAUGUCAAUGUAUCUUUUUUCCCUUCAGAAAUGAAGAAGCUCGGCAAGCCAAUGGAUGUUCAGAAAACGCCACUGCGAAGUGGUCUUGGCAUGAUUGUCAACGAAUCGAAGACGCCGGGCGCCAGAUCACUUCAGAAUUUGGCUUCUGCUCGUAAAAUAACCUCGUCCGCGGUGAAGCAGACAAUUCCAGCUAUCGGCUUUGAAAUUUUUGAAGAUGGAGUUGACGAUGAAGUGGUGGAGAAGAAGAUGGAGCCGGAACAGGAGGAGGUGAGGGAAACGCUUUUCCACUUCAAUAUCUGUUUUCAGACAAAAAAUAGUCCAUGCUCCCCAAUCGACACGGCGAACCGAUGCCAUUCAUUUGAUUCACUCGCAGCUGAUAUUGCCGAUGACAUGCUUAACAUGACAGAUCAGGAUGUUGUUCUUUUCGACGAACAACCCCUCGGCGACUACAUCGAUCCACAGCAAAUUGAAGCGAACGAACUUGCUUCACUCGGAAUUGAGGAAUGGAAUGAGUAUCCACCGAUUGAUCCGGCUUCCCGAAUCGCCGACGAUUUCAAUUAUCCAUUGAGUCUGGACGAAUUCCAUCAAGAGGGUGAUGUGAAAUUGGAAGAGGCGACAGAUUAUCCUGAGUUGUAUAACGAUGUCGAAACGGACACUAUGAGUCGUGAGGAAUUUCAGAAGAUGGUAGAAAGUUUAUUGAACAAGUAUGAGGACUAUAACAUCGACGAUUUGCUGGCUGAAGAAGCAUCUAUUCAGAUCUAA